UGCAACGAUUCGAUCCGAUGCAUCGAAAAUCGAUUCGAAAUGCGUCGAUUCGAUUUCGAUACCAAACCUACCAAAUUCGAUUCGAUUCUUUAACAUAUAGACAUAAAUAUUCAUAGAUACGUAAAGCUCGCUGUAUUCUGACUAUUUGAUACGGGAAGUAGGUUUUAUCUUUACCUGUAAUUACGACGCGCGCCAUUGGCUACUUAUUACUCUAGUCACCCAAUCAAUAAGCGCGUUACGGUUUACUUUCGGCAAAAGCGUCAAAAUGGCCGACUCGGUCGUUGCCGAAAAAGUGAAAUUAACAAAUGCGCCAAAAAAACUUAAAUCUAAAGUUUGGAAAUACUUUGGAUUUCGGGAUGGUGGCCAUCCCGAUAAAGCCACAUGCAAGUUAUGUUUCACGGACGUUGCAUACCCCAAAUCCGGUGCAACCACCAAUCUUAUACAACACGUAAACCGUAAGCAUAAUGUUGAUUUAUUAGCAGCAGGUAGCAGCGCAACUACUCAAGUCGGCAAAGUCGCCAGCCAGAAAAGUUCUGCUUCUGUUAGUUCUGUUGGGAAUUUGUUAAGUGGCCAGCUGAAAGUUACUGACAUGAACAGAUUUAACUUAACCCCUGAAAGGACAGAAUCUAUUUCCAAAUCUAUUGCUGGGUACUUAGCUUGUGACAUGAGACCAUAUUCCACGGUGCAGAACAAAGGUUUCAAACACAUGAUUAGCACUUCAGAACCCAGGUACAAACUUCCUUGUCGUACACAUUUCAGUGAAAAGGUUGUGCCAGCACUUUUGAAAAAGGUUACAGACAGGGUAAAGAUGCAACUUAAUUCUGCAGAAAGCAUUGCCAUAACUACAGACUCAUGGACAUCUAGGGCUACUGAGAACUAUGUUGCUGUCACUGCCCACUUCAUUAAUAAAGACUGGAAAGUUGAAAAUUACACUCUUGAAACAAAAAAAUUUGAUGAAUCUCAUACAGCCGAACAUUUGGCUGACGCUUUGAAGGACACAUCUGCACGCUGGCAAUUAGAACGUGAUGGCAAGGGGCCAGCCGUUACCACAGACAAUGCUAGCAAUAUUGUUCGUGCAGUGAAAGAAUCUGGUUUAAAUCCACAUGUUGGAUGUUUUGCCCACACCCUUAAUCUGGCUACACAACGAGGUCUCAAAGUUUUACAAGUUGAUAAACUUUUAGGUAGAGUAAGGCGUGUAGUAACAUUCUUUCAUAAGAGUACAUCAGCAACAAGUGUUCUUAAGCUAAUGCAGGCUAAACUUGAUCUUCCCGAGCACAGACUACUGAUGGAUGUACCAACAAGGUGGAAUUCCACUUAUGAUAUGUGUGAACGAUAUCUAGAGCAGCAGGCAGCUGUUUAUGCUGCGCUUCUGGAACUAAAAAAAAAAGUGAACGAAAUCGUAACUUUAUCAGAUGUAGAUAUUCAGAACGUUGAGGUGCUUAUUGGAAUCUUGAAGCCGCUCAAGACAGUGACAACUAUGAUGUGCAGUCAGACUCACCCUACAGUUUCGCUCAUACAUCCACUAAAAGAAAUGUUGCUACGACAGCUUGAGGUCCAGCCCUCUGACAGCACUAUGGCUUUAGAGAUCAAAACAGCAAUUAGCUCUGAUCUCAAGCCAAGGUACACAGAUGAGGGUAUCCUUAGAUUCCUGCUGCAGGCAUCUGCACUCGACGCACGAUUUAAGAGUCUUCCGUAUUUGGAUGAUAGCUCUCGACGUGAUGUAUAUGAUGGUGUCCAAACAGAGGUAGAGAAAUUGGAGAAUUCCAUUAGAUGUCAGCCUCCCACUGAUAGAUAG